CUUGAUGCUGGCUCUGGUCUUCCCUCCCCCCCUACCACCACACCCGACCCCCGCCCCCUCAAGGGCCCGAGACCACCCCUUCUUCUUUCCCCCACCCACAACCCCCUCCCAUCAGUCCUUUCCCACUACACGUUAUAAGAAAGUUGUAGGAUUGACCCGCCGUCUGCUUCCCUUUUGUCGCUCGUAAACGGUUGUUAUGGUGAAAGCAUAACUUUAUACAAGGAGAAUAAUUAUAUUAAUAAAUUAUAUAUAUUUAAACUAAUGUUAACGUUGAUUAAGAGAGCUAGAAAGUCUAUAACUUAGAGAACUUAUAUAUAAUAAUAACAACGUUGUUCAAAGUGUACGUUAGUAUUUAUAUGGAUAUUUUAUUCAAGAGUGUGGAAAUUUUAUGAGAUUGAUAAAUAAGUGUCGUUUACGCUAGAUUAUAAGGACUCUGGUAGUGGAUGGAAACGUUAAUUUUGAAAAUUCUGACAAUUGAGAAGUAUAAACGAAAUUAGUGAUAACGUGAAGUGAAGAACAGAAAAGGAUUAACUUAAUUAUAACUUAAUUAACUUAUAAAAGUGAUUAGUGGAUACUUUAGGAAGUGACUAUAACCUGCCCUACCCUACCGCAAAGGAAAUAAGAUAUGAAAGGGAUACAAAUGUAUAAAGACUGCAGUGAAAAUUGAAUCGAACUCACUUUAAGUGGUAUUGAAACUGUGACUGUGAGAAUUUCAACUCAAUUAUACUUUCUCCGGAAUUCCUUCACCUUGCAACGAAAGGAAUACGAACCACCCGACAAGAACGGCAUCGCAUCAGCCCUUCCCUAUAAGAGCCUGUAUCGACCAAGGAGGCGGAAACAAGCCCAGUCUAAUUAAGGAUCAAAGCGACUUGUAAUGUCUUUUAUUUGAACGGAUCAGGAACACCACCCCCGCCAUCUAUCGGAAUCUGGUCGCGUCAGGUGAAGAUGGGGAAUAGAUCUUCCUUCGCGGGCAGUCGAGCUGUUGAGAACAGUUCCAUAAUGCUUCCCAAGCCUGGCCCUUGCUGGUCCCUGCCCCAUCCUGAAAUACGCUCCCUCCGAGGACAGCAGGAGGAGUUCCUCUCGUCCUGAGACUGAUCUGGGGGAGACAUUUUUGUAACGAGAACUGCUUGUGCGCGCGUGUGUGCAUCGUGUUUGAAAACGGUGGUCAUUUCAGUACUUUUCUAGUUAUCCUAGAGUAGAAGCUGUGGUGUUUUAUUUGUUUCUUUAUUGAGUUUAUUGUUGUUUUGUCGAAAUACAAUAAUGUGGGGUGUGGUAGAUGCUUUACCGGGAGGGAUCCCAGGUAGCGAAUCUUCUUCUCUUAGAAAUCGCAGAAGAUGCUGUGCCAACGAUUGGCCUGACGGCCAGACUGACUCGUUAUGUCGAAGUGAAACGUAUUCUAAGUGUGUGACUGACAGAUGCACGGAAUGGCAGCCCAGGUGCCCUCGAAGAGAUCACUUAGUAGAUACGAUAACUCACACGAGGAAGAGACGCAAAGUGACUCCAAGCGACAGAAACGCCUGCGAGGUCCCGACGUUGUCGCGAGGAGACGCGACUCGCGACGUGCCAAGCGAAGUUGGGGCCUGUGUCGAAUCGUGCCCCCAUGCCCAGACGAGGGGCGACCGAGGGUCAGCGUCCAUUCCAGAGGGGACUCGGAACGCGACGGCGCCUCUCUCGGAACCGACGAAGCCGCCUAGCAGCCGCGUCAGACCCAAACAGCCAAUAAUAAUUCCGACGGGGAAGAGCGGCAACGGAGGCAGGAGUUUGAUAACCUCUCCUCCUCUGCAGUCCGUCGCUCUAGUCGUCCUCUUGGCAUUCUCCGUCCUCCCUCUAUCUGCGGCCUGUCCGAAGCCUUGCGUCUGCACGCCCCCGGCCGCCCACGACGGCAAGGGCGACUACAGUAACGUCGAGGAGGGCAUCAGAAUAUCCUGCGUAGGGGCGGGAUUUUCCAGUGUCCCUUCUCUGCAGGAACGGGACGAUAUCGAGGGCGAUCACGUGACCAGUCUGGAUUUGUCCAACAAUAAUCUUACGACGAUCCAGAACCUAGCCUUUGCAAGCUACCCAGCCCUUCGUCAUCUGAAGCUGUCCGGGAACAGAAUUACCACGAUUUCUAAAGAAUCCUUCCACGGGCUCAGACUCCACACAUUGCUUUUAGACAACAACCACCUAUCGGGUCUCCUAACAGGAUCCCUACCGGACACCCUACACGAACUCUCGCUCGAGGACAACUUCUUCAGCAAUGUACCGCCUUCUGUCUCCCUCCUGCACAGUCUACAAGUGCUUAAUUUGGCACGAAAUAAAAUUUCAACCUUACGAGGGAGUGACUUCAACGGCCUUCAUAACCUUUUGUCAUUAUCCCUCCACCAAAACGACAUAGCGACGGUUGACCCGGCGUCCUUCGCUCCCUUAACCCAACUGCAGAUUCUAGACCUGACGGGGAACAACUUGGUCGAGAUUCCCAAGGCUAUCCUCCAGUGCUCGACCUUAAAGCGCAUUUUGCUGGAAGAGAAUCAGCUGACCUACGUCGGAGAGGAGUCCCUCAAGGGCCUAACGGAGCUGCAGCAGGUCGCCCUCCAAGGGAACCCGCUCCUCACCGUGCAUCAUCUGGCCUUCGCAGACCUCCCGUCGCUGACGAAGCUGAUCUUGAAGGAGACGAGGAAGUUGAAGAAUUUCCCAUCGUUGAAUGGGACCUACAACCUGGAACAGCUACGAAUCGACCGUGCUGACCUGACGACGGUGCCCCCUGACCUCUGUUCCUACACGCCCAAAUUGAGGAGCUUGAACCUUCACCUCAAUAACAUCAAGGAGAUGCCCAAGUUGUCGGACUGCAGCAGGUUAAGAUUACUGGACAUGAGUGACAACGCCAUCAGCAGCCUGGGCCACGAGAGCUUCAUAGGGGCCCCCAAUCUUCAGGACCUCCUCCUCCACGAUAACCAAAUCACCCACAUCCCGGCGGAUGCCUUUACCGGAUUAGGCCAACUGCAGGUCCUAGCUCUCCAACAUAACAAGAUCAGUCAGAUAGACGAGGACGCAUUCCUUCCACUGGUCAGCAUUGAGGACAUAAACCUCGGAGACAACGUGUUCCCGGAGUUACCUCACCGAGGUCUGGAAAAAGUGGUUUCCAUCAAAGUCCACAACAACCCUUACUUGAAGGAGUUUCCAGGACCCGAGAGCUUCCCAAAGGUUCACACGUUGACCCUCUCCUACGCCUACCACUGCUGUCCGUUUCUGAACAUCGAGGAGAAGACCACCGAGGAGAAAGAGGAGGUCUCCAUCAGCGAGGACGUCCUCUUCGACGUGUCCGAGUUCCAGGGAAUGCACGACCUCCUCUGGAACAACUCCCGCAUCUGGUCGGAGGUCCCCGAACAAGAAGAAGGUAUGCGGUCAUCAAACUUUGAUGCAGUGUGGGCUAACCUCGCUGCUGCCUUCUCUUCAGCCUUCUCCAACCAGACCUCUGCCACCUCCUAUGACCUCCCAGAACCCGAGGGGUCGGCAGGGUAUCCGAUCGCGGGGUCAUCGUCGGGACGCUUUCGACCCCAGUGCAUCCCGUUACCCGGGCCCUUCAUGCCAUGCCGAGACCUCUUCGACUGGUGGACCCUCCGCUGCGGCGUCUGGAUCGUCUUCUUGUUGGCGCUGAUGGGAAAUGGGGUCGUCGUGGUAGUCCUGGUUGCAGCUUACGCUAAAAUGGAUGUGCCCAGAUUCCUUGUUACUAACCUUGCCAUUGCGGAUUUUUUCAUGGGAGUUUACCUAGGGUUCCUGGCGGUUGUGGAUGCGUCAACCCUGGGGGAAUUCCGCAUGUACGCCAUACCCUGGCAAAUGUCACCUGCCUGUCAGGUGGCAGGCUUCCUAGGAGUCCUCAGCUCUGAACUUUCAGUGUACACCUUAGCAGUCAUCACUCUGGAGAGAAACUACGCCAUCACACACGCAAUGCACCUGCAGAAGAGACUGUCCCUCCGACAGGCAGCUUACAUCAUGGCAAUUGGAUGGGUGUUCGCCCUGACCAUGGCCGUGUUGCCACUGGCGGGCAUAUCUGAUUAUCGUAAAUUUGCAGUGUGCCUGCCUUUCGAAACCGACGGAGGAGGCCUUGGAUACAUAGUGUUCCUCAUGUUCGUCAACGGCAUGGCGUUCCUGAUUCUCAUGGGAUGUUAUUUCAAGAUCUACUGCGCCAUCAGAGGAUCUCAGGCGUGGAACAGCAACGAUUCCCGGAUUGCCAAGAGGAUGGCUUUGCUGGUCUUCACCGAUUUCAUAUGCUGGGCUCCUAUCGCAUUCUUCUCGUUAACUGCAGCGUUCGAUAUUCAACUCAUUUCCCUGGAGGAAGCUAAGGUUUUCACGGUAUUCAUUCUGCCCUUGAAUUCCUGCUGCAACCCGUUCCUGUACGCCCUCCUCACAAAGCAAUUCAAGAAGGAUUGCGUCAUGCUGUGCAAGACCAUAGAAGAGUCGAGGGUCACUCGGGGCAUUGGUCGGUGUCGUCACUCUUCGAAUUUCAGCAACCGUCAGACCCCUGCCAAUACCAACAGCGCCAUUGAUCAGUCAUCUGGCACGGACAGACAGUCAUGCGUGUGCAAAGGGAAAAUGGAGAAGAAGAAGAGAAGAUUGCGCCUUGAUUUCACUUCUCUGAAAUACAUGCUAUGUACUAAAGGUGCCGAGGAGAUAACCUCUUCAAGCGACACCAGUUACCAAACCGACAGAACGCUGCAACGCGGCCCACGCCACGCUUCACUGUCUAGCGACACUUACAGUGGCUCCUGGUCUGAUACAUGGCGUCGCGGACGCGGCCCUACGACAUUGAGACUAAUGGACAGAAGACGCCACAACUCUUGGGCGGCUUCGAAUAAGCCGUCGCAAGAAAGCAGCCUCUCAAAUUCACGACCAGAUUCAACCGCCACUUCGACAUCUACAGCAACCUGGCGCAUCUCUCGAUCUUCGGUGUCAUCUGAUACGUCAAAUGGAGGUAGUGGAAGAUACAAGACCAGCGAGCAGACUCCGCAAACUCGUGUUGGGUCAAUUCGAGAACGCCGAGGGGACAGACGAAUGAUUACUCUGAACCGGCAACCCAGCCAAACGCAGCUCACUAAAGAGCAGCCGUACACAAGGCCGCCAACAGUUCGCCCAAAGCCCCGUCUGCAGCGACAAAGCGCUGUGGAAAGAGAGGUAUACAUGCCCAGCAAAGAAAUGAAUGGAGGCGAUACACCUGCAUGCCCUUUGCACAUCCGCCCAGACCAUCUGUCAUGCGUGUAUGAACAGGAAAGUCACGAAGAAGAUACACAGAUACCAGGAACCAGCCACACUGUCAUUCUUAAACCGGCUCUGAUCUUGAGUCCAACUGUCCUGGGAGCACCAGACGACGGUGUUUUCCUAGACUCUUCGGAAGAACCGAAUGAAUACCCCGAUCCAUCUCCAUCUCACAUAAGGGCUGCAUCUUCCUCACCAAGAGCAACUUCUCCAUCUCACAUACUCCACAUUUCUGCGUCGCCCGUCAGGCCUCCCACUUCCCUCUCAGCCAGCUCUCCCUGUAAGUCUCCAGUGACAGGUUCACCAAGAGAGGUUCACGCCCACAUCUGCCCCAUGGCCUCGCCAGUGUUGUCAUCCCCUCGUAAACCAGAGGCAACGUCACUUGUUGUGAACGAGGAAGGCGAAAUCAUCUCAGAAACAACGGCUCUCAUGUCCUCGUCUCCUUCUCAGAGUGAUGCCCAGAAGCCGAGUGACCCAGACAGAAGGUUUUGGAGACGCAUUUCCCAAUCGAGAUCACCCUUCAUGAGACUCGUCCACUCAUCUGAACAUCGCCCGGAAAGUAAAUUUCACCCCAACGAGAUCAUCAGCGAAAGUAAUGCCCCACUCUAUUUAUUAUACAUUUCACUCAGUUUUAUAGACCAAAGCAAAACUCACUUUGAAGUUAUUUAGUAUUGUAGUUUGGUGUUUGCUAGUUUUAUCUAACGAAGGGGAAAUAUACGAUCUUCAUUCAACCAUCAGUCAUUUCAGUGUUAAGAUGUCAAUGUCUUGUCGAGAACUUAAACACCAGAUCUUUUGCAAUGCAUGAAAUGUGUUAUUCCAUGAAUGAUCAGAGUGUGCUUGUCAUGCAUGCUGACCAAGUUUAAGGUAGGUGUUUCAAAAUCAACAUACACACUGAAUAAUAUUGUUAUUUGUCAGUUUCUCUGUUCAAAGUAAUCUGUUGUAUUUUGUUGAUGAUACGUUUCAUGUAUUUCCAAAAUAUUAUGAAACUAAAUGUUGGAGACUCGAUUAACCAGGAUAUCUCAGCUUUUAGCCUCAACGAAAACUGUCCUGAAGGUCGAAAUGUAUCUAACAGUGUCAGAGUUCCCCACGAUCGUUACAGAAAAUGUCAUCAGAAAUAUGGAAGUUUCCAGACCUGAGGCUCUCAAGAAAAGAUCUAUGAAUUACCUGUCGCUUAAAGCAAAGGCAUUUUUCUGUGUAAUAAGUGAUGCCUGUUUAUAUUUCAUUACAUAUGUAUGUUGGGAUGUUUCAGUCUUAUGAUCACAGUCUUCAUGUGUAUUUGCCAAUAGUGUUCUGAUGUGAGUAUCAACUAUUGAGAGAAUUGACAUGAAUUGACAAGAUAUUAUUAGUAAUCAAGUGGGGAUUUGAACUGAAUAAGCAGGAAAGAGGUUGCAACUCUCAAGUUGACAACAGAGGUGAAAUUGUCUUUGUAAAACAUGUGUUAGCAAUUUUCCAAAGCAAUUAUCUCAGUAUCAUUGAAAGCCAAGAUCUGCCCUUCAAAGAAAUAUAGCUGUGUUAUCCUUCUCGUAAACAAACUUCUGAUCAGUGGAUAAGAAAACAUUAGAUCACGAGUUGAAAAGCGGAAGUCAGUUUUUGUAAACUCACGUCCUUCUCAUCUACAAGAAAAAAAAAACGGAGGACAACGAUCUCUGAGUUUAGUGGGGCUUGAUAGUAAAAAAUAAAAUGCGUAAAUAGAAGACAAUAAGAGUGACUGUUGUAAAACUGUGAAAACUCCUGUGAAAUGAGUUCAAUAACCGACGAAGCGAGGGGGUUGUAAAGAACAUGGCUGUUGAGGAGAAGCCAUGCAAUCAAGUCAAGCCAAAGAGUUUUAGAAUAAGUCACAUGUGCAGUAGAUAUUUAUAUACUUUAUGUCUUAACAGUAUAUUGUAUUUAAAGACAGAUUUUUUUGAAAAGAAUAAUUCUAAUACAUUAUUUACUGUU